AUGUUUGAGCGACGAGCGGCUGACCGCUAUCACCUACGGAUGCACCGUGCCCGCUCAGCGGUCCUGACCUCCGACGAAAUUGUCGAGGUGCGCGCCGCUCAGCGAACCUUCGAAGGUGCAUAUGUCCGAACCGCCCUCUCCCAGUUCUCCUUCGCCCUGGUCGUCCUCAAGAUCUUCACCGCCGAGUUCUACAGUAUCGGUGCCCUAUUUGCCAUUUACGGCACCGGUGUCCUCAUUAUUGGGCUGUUCCGCCGCUCCCAGGGAAACCGACAGUUCUUCUCCGAACUGGGGGACGAUGGCGUUCAUCGACACAAGUUCCGGACCAGUGGAAAUGCAGUGGUUGUGUUGACUGCGUUGAGUAUAGCGGCAUACGCGUGCUUGAUCGGCCUCACCUUGAACCUAAGCAACUAA